AUGCAAGAAGAUGUGUAUAGGUCCGGAAUUCGAAAGAAUCUGAAUAGAAUUUUGCAAGAAUUAACAGACGAUGGGAAGCUAGACUUCGAGUCGGUCCCUUAUCAAAAUUUAAAGGCGGAAAUUGAAAAACGCGAUGAGGAAUGUACAGAAGUUUUGUGUAAAGUGCUGUUAGAGACUGCUAGUCGAUCCGGGUGUGCUGAUCGGCAAUUUGUGUUGCAAUUGUUCAAUGAAUAUUUCUGCAAUUCAAGUUUGUUUAGAGACCAAAUUCUGAACGAUCCAAAGGAAUUCAUAGAAAUUAUGCUGGAAACCGAUCCUAUUCGAAAUCCACUUCCCGGUUCGAAGAGCGAAGGAAACGAGCUGAAAUCAAAAUCACUAGCUUUCAUUAAAAAUUGGGAGAAGAUGUAUGCGAAAAAUGACGCCAGAAUGAAGUGUUUGGCGGUGACACUGCGGAAAACCAAAUUUGUGGACUACGAGAAUGGGGAGAAGAAGAUUGAGGAGGAAAGAAAGCGGAGAGAGUUUUUGGAUGAGAGAAGGAGAAUGAUAGUGGAGAGAACCCUCUCGUUGUACAAAUCGAAAUUCGAGGAAAUAAAAGAAGACGUCGAACGAUUAAAAAUGGAAUUGGAGACUACAAUGGAGAUGUUGGUUCCGUCAUUCACGAAUUCUGAUGACGUGGAUAUCCCAAUGGAUAUUCCAUCGACGUCUUCUAAGUCUUUCGAGCUUGUUAUAGAAGAUUUAUCGCCAUUAAUCAAAGUGAAUGCCGAUAACGACGCCAUUGUCGAAGCAUUCCUCGGUGCGAAGACAGUUCUGAUUCAUAGGGUGCAGACAAUGCGAAAACUCGCUAAAGGCCUACUCCCUUUGAAAGGAGCUGGCGAAUCGCUAGCUCAAUCAAUUAUCGAUUAUCGCGAUGUCAUCAAAAAAUUGGUUCUGAAAGCCGAUGAAAUUCGGAUAAAAACCAAGAAAAAGCCAGUGCAAAAAGCGAAGAAAUUCGACGAUGAUUUCAUUGACGUCGAAAUAUCGAUUGAUGACAUUCUGAUGGUGCAAUACGCGAAUGAAGCGUCGGAAGACGUGAAAGAAGACGUGAAAGAGCCCGAGAAGAAGUUAGCGAACCCGAAGAAAGAAGAGCCAAAAGUGAAAUUCGUCUCAUUCGGGUUGGAUUUAAAGUACUGGGGAGAAGAGCGAAAAGAUGUGGAAGUCCCCAAAAACAACGCGGAUUGUCAUCGAUUCUGGAGAUCUGCAGACGAGAGUACUGUAGCUGGAACGGUCCACGACACAGUUUACACACAGAGACAGUUCACCUUUGUUGGAGAAGCACCGAAAAUUGAUAGGGAGUGUCUGGCGAAACUGCCCAGUGGUGCGUUGUGUAAACGGAAAGAUAUGUUUAAAUGCCCGCUCCACGGACCUUUAGUAGAUCGAGAUGCCAAUGGGAAACCAGUAAAGGAUGAGGAUAGACUGAAAGAAAUCGAUCGGAAGGAGAGGAAACGACUGAAAGAGGCGGAGGAAUUCAGUAGGAAAAUUGUAAAGGAGUAUGAAUCGAAAACGAAGAGAAAACGAAAGCACGAGGAGGAGACGUCAGUGAGAAGUCGUCUUCAGAAGAAGCUGUUCGAUCCGAAAACGAUUCAACGGGUGUCGGCGGAUAUUACGAGUCAACAGAGGAGUCGCUUGGAGAAGAAUUUUUCGCACCAAUUUUCGCACCUUUGA